CUCUCUCUCCCUCCCUUCACUCCUCUGCUGUCAGGCUCUCUCUCUCUCUCUUACCCACUUCCAUUUUUCUUUCUUUCUGCAAGUGGCAGUGUCAUAGCAGGCAGAGAGAGAGAGAGAGCUGGGAUUUUACAGAGAAAUUUCUGAGUUUGAGAAAGCAGAAGGGACUGGGUUGGGUCCAUUUUCCUUGUUCCCGUUUCUUUGGGUAGAAGUAAUACCGUGGAGGGAGAGAGAGGGAGGGAGGGAGAAAGCUGAUAAUUUGCGGAGAAAGUUUGGAGUUUGAGGAAGCAGGAGGGAUUGGGGUGGGUUUUGGCAAUGAAAGGAGAAGGGAAGACGGUCAUGAUGAAGUCAAGACUGAAGUGGGUGGGUUUGGUGGGUCUUGUUCUAUCGGCUCUCUCCCUCUUCGUCCACUUCUUGCUCGCCAGAUUCACUGAAGACGGCUUCUCUGAGUAUCAGACUUCCAUCACCAUCUUCUCCUGGAGACCCAUCUUCGAGAAUGUCGACAUCCCCACCACACAGAGUCCACUGUAUAGAAGGCUAUGGGGUCCGGUUAGGCACCUUGAAUCUUUGCAUCCUCAUGCCAAUCCCAGAGGAAAUUAUGCAGAACCCAGUAUGCAGACAAAUGGCUUUAUCUUUGUCAGAAUACAAGGAGGUUUCCAUGAGAUACGAAACUCGAUAUGCGAUGUAGUCGCAGUGUCUCGGCUUCUUAAUGCGACAUUAGUUGUUCCAGAGAUCCAAUCUACCACGAGCAGUAAAGGCAUCAGCUCAGAGUUCAAGAGCUUUUCCUAUCUCUACAGUGAGGAGCAAUUCAUGACAGCAUUGGCAAAGGAUGUUAGAGUAGUUAAGACCCUUCCAAAAGAUCUAAAAGGGGCAAGGCGGAAGAAGAAGAUCCCACUUUUUAGGGUUCCAUACCAGGCCUCACCAUACUUUUUUCUCCACCAUGUUCUUCCGGUACUGAACAAGCAUUCAGUUGUUGAAUUGGUGGUCUCUGAUGGUGGAUGCUUACAGGCUAUCCUUGCACCCCAGUUUGAAGAGCUUCAGAGGCUGAGAUGUAGAGUCUCUUUCCAUGCUCUUCGAUUUAGACAGGAGGUCCAGGAACUGGCUACUAAUAUUCUGCAUAGAUUACGGUCCCCUGGACGGCCAUUUAUAGCAUAUGAUCCUGGGUUGACAAGAGAUGCAUUGGCAUAUCAUGGUUGCGCCGAGUUGUUCCAGGAUGUACAUACUGAACUCAUCCAACAUAAAAGAGCUUGGAUGCUGAAGCGCGGGAUUGUCAAGGGGAGCCUCUCUGUGGAUUCAGCAGGAAAGCGCCUCAACGGGUCUUGCCCUCUUAUGCCGGAAGAGAUUGGAAUUCUUCUCCGUGCAUAUGGAUACUCAUGGGAUACCAUAAUAUAUGUUUCGGGGGGUGAAGUCUUUGGUGGUCAAAGGACAUUAAUACCUCUUCACUCCAUGUUUGAAAAUGUCGUCGAUAGGACUUCGCUUAGUUCGAGUUGGGAGCUAAACAGAAUUUACGGGCGUGAGUCCAACCUAGCUUCAGAUUAUCCCAAGAAGCUUACUCCUGUCAAUGUAGAAUUGAAACGCAAAGCGUGGAAACUGGCAGGCCCACGCCCUCGUCCACUUCCACCACCUCCAGCCCGGCCCAAAUACCCUUAUAAUAUUGAAGGUUGGUGGGGCUGGGUGGCUGAAAGUGAUAAUGAGCCUGACAGUACAGUAAUGGAGCUGAGGAUGAAUGCCCAUAAAUUACUCUGGGAAGCAAUUGACUAUGUGGUUUGUGUUGAAGCCGAUGUGUUUGUUCCUGGGUUUGAUCAUGAUGGUAAGGGGCAUCCAAAUUUCGCCACCUUAGUGAUGGGCCAUAGACUAUACCAGUCAGCGGCCUCCAGAACUUACAGACCUAACAGGAAGCAAGUCGUGAAGUUCUUGGAAGAAACACGUGACCACCUUUAUCAGGCAAAUCGAACAUGGCUGACAUCGAUCCGCAAGCACCUGAGAAAUAGCCUGCUGGACGGGCUAACAGAAGCGUCUGUAAAAUCGAAGUCUCUCUCUUUCCUCUCUUAUCCUGUCCCUGAAUGUUCUUGCUCGAGCCACGAUCCAGCCAAAUCUACAUCCCACACUUCCAGUUCGUCUCACUCCCUUCACGCAGCUCUUGGCUCUGUCCACCAUUGCCCUGCUUGGAUGGACACCAGCAUGACAUCCCUUUCAAUAGAGAAGGAGCGCGAUGAAGAUCUUGACGAGGACGACACCUCAUCGUCUGGGUUGUUUCUUCGGAAUAGCAGUGGUGCAGCUCAUGAAAACGGAAGCGGUGAGGCAAGUAAAGAGGAGGCCCAGUUGGAGGACCAGGAAGAACUAGAAGGUGGAGAGAGAAGAUAACAGGUGCUUAGGCAGAAAGUUUCAGACUUGUGUACAUGAGUUUUUUAGGGGUGAUAGAGUGCUUGUGGUUCAUAGUUUUGUUUCCUAUCAAUCUUUGUUUUUUGGUUUUGCCCCCUUUCAUUUUGGUAGUCAUUCUAAUCUAUGAUCAUCUUGAAAUUUGUAUCAAAUUGUGCAGAAAGAGGAACUCAUUUCUGGGGAUUCAAAAGUAGUGUUGUUAGCAACAGAGAACCCCAGCAACAAUUUUGUUGUAGGGUGAUGGGAGUAUAUACAAAUUUCACGGCAGAGAUUUAGCUGACUA